GCACUUCAUUUUUAUAUCAGGAAGCUGCUAUUGUUUUGGUUUAGGAGUACUGCGGCGUCCUCAUGCACGGCUACAUCGACUGUCACUGUCAUAUCUCUGCGGGGGAUUUUGACAAGGACAUAGAUGAAGUGAUUGAGAGUUCAGAAAAGGCUGGAUUGUUGGGACUGUUAGCCGUGGCUGAGCAUGCUGGAGAAUUUGACAAGAUUAUUGAGUUGUCACAGAGGUUCCCAGGUUUUAUUUUUCCCUGCUUGGGAGUCCACCCUGUUCAAGAAGUCUCCCCAGAGCAACAGAGAGGAGCUUCUCCCCAGGAUCUUGAUGCUGCUCUACCAAUCAUAGAGAAAUACAAAGACCAACUUGUCGCUAUAGGGGAGGUUGGUUUGGAUUUUACGCCCAGAUUCAUCAGCAGUGAUGCUGAUAAAGAGAAUCAAAGGCAGGUCCUGAUUCGUCAGGCACAGAUAGCCAAGGAGCUGGAUCUGCCUCUAAAUGUUCAUUCAAGGUCUGCAGGAAGACCCACCAUCCACCUCCUGAAGGAACAAGGUGUUGAAAAAGCCCUUCUUCAUGCUUUUGAUGGGAAACCGUCCGUUGCCAUGGAGGGAGUGAAGGCUGGAUACUUCUUUUCUAUCCCUCCAUCUAUAAUACGGAGUGAACAGAAGCAAAAACUUGUGAAACAGCUGCCGUUAGAGAACAUCUGUCUGGAAACUGAUUCACCUGCUCUCGGUCCAGAAAAGCAGGUGAGAAAUGAACCAAAGAACAUCAGCGUUUCUGCCGAGUUCAUCAGUAAAAUCAAGGGCGUGUCUCUGGAGAAGGUGAUGGAAGUGACGACACAAAACGCUCUCCGACUUUUCCCGAAGCUGAAAUCUGCCGUCAGACCCUGACGAAGCCAUAAUUAAAUGUCCAUAAUCUUCUGUUACAAAUGCAAUUUUUAAUUUAUCUUAACAAAUAAUAAUGCAUUCAUGUGACAUGGGAAGCAGUUUUUUCAUUUUUUUUGUGUUUGUGUGCCAUAAAAAAGGUUGUAUUUUAUGCCUAGAGUGCUUAAACAACAUGCUGAUUGUAUUUUUUAGUAUUUGUGUGAUGACAAAGAGGAAAGGAACUUAUCAGGGUUGCUGCUGAUAAUAACUCUAGGUCAUAUGCACAGACAGGCAGACGGUUACUAGCUAAUAUAUAAUAGAAUAAAUGCAAUACUUUGCAUCAGUAAUCGAAACUUUGCAACCGACCAACUAUUCACUUAUUUUCCUGCCAUGUUUCUGUGUCUGUGAUGGUGUAACAUGGAAUUUUCUCAACCAGGAACUAAUUUUUUCCACUAAUCCGGCCCCACAUGAAUGCACUAAUCUGAUUGAACCCAGAUGCCCUGAGAUGUAAAUAUAUUGAAAAGACACUCAGGGACAAUAGAGCUGUCAGAGCCUCAUAUUAAAAUCUAAACAAUUUAUGGACUCUAUCUGUAUGCGACUGGUGAUGUUCACAUUCUUACACAAAGAAAGGUGAGAUAACAAUGUAACACUUGAGUUGUGUAUUUUUCACACACGUGAUACAUGUGAAACAUCCAGCAUUUCAUAAACACCUCGUCAUGCUACAACAGCAGCUUACCGACGUGAGUCACGGCCUCUUAAUGGAACACUGACAUCGGGUUGCAGUGAAUAAUCGCAGCAUGCUGGGGUGUUAAAUUUACAGCUUCCCUCAGUUGAUCUAAACAGAGCAGUGAUAUAAAAUUAGUGAGUUCUCAGGUCAUGUUCUCUCAUUCUAAUUAAAAGAUUAUUUGUCA